GCAAGUCUUAAAGCUCACACCUGGAAUGCAGCUCCAACAGUUCCAAGGAGUCUUCUCUCUGCAGCCAUGGCCGUACGUAACUAUGAGCUUUAAAGCUUUUUAUGUCCACCCUGGUCCUUGUAGUCUCGUUAAAGACCCCGACAGUACUCAAGGAUCUCUUCGAGACAGCGGUGGAGGAGGUGAAGGUGCUGAGAACGCAACCCAAGUAUGAAGAAAUGAAAGAGCUGUAUGCGCUGUACAAGCAGGCCACCAUCGGGGACGUUAACUUUGAUCGUCCGGGCGUGUUCAACCCUACAGGAAGAGGGAAAUGGGAUGUCUGGAACCGAAAGAAAGCUUGUGGUUCCGCAGGCAUGACCCAGGACGAGGCCAAGGUCGCCUACGUGGACCUGGUGGAGGCGCUGAAGGCAAAGUACGGAAUGUAACGCGAGUCCCGCGUUGCCAUCCCUCACAUUUGGGAAAACAGAAAACGUUUCGGUUUGAGUUGAGUCUCCAAACUCCCGAGAGCUAAAAGUCGACAAUUUGGAGUUCAAACUACAUUUCCUUUAACCGAUGUGCCGGAGCAGACCGAGCGCUCGUGAGUACAGCGAUGUCACCUCUGUUGUCUUAGGGAUGGGGCCCAGUCCGGUACUCAUUUUUUAUAUUUUUUUGGCGCCGAUUCACGUAAAAAUCCACGUCCUGUUGCUGACUCUGCACUUGGCGAUCACUGCAGCAGCACUGAGAGCGGACUCCGCCAAACCACUUCUAGGUAAUGUUGCAAUUUUCAAUGCCGACAAAGAAAUUGACUCGAAAAAAAACGUAAGCGAGUCUCCGCUUGUCCCAAAAAAAUGCAUUAGCUUGAUGCUAAUAUACAUUGGUUUUGCCAUUGACAUGCUACUGAUUAGCAUUGGCGAUUUCACACCUCCAAAAGUGUUAAUGACAACCACAACUAGGAUGCACGUUACAAUCAAAACAGCUGGUGCGUGAUACGUGCAAUACUUACAGUACUAACACUUUUUAGGGCGCAACAAAAACAUGAAAAAAACCACCAUAAAUUAUACACUACUGCCAUCUAAUGGCUUGGACUUGUAACUGUUAUUAGAUACUUGCAAAUGUGACAAUAAAACAAGAUAUAACAACAGGACGGCAGUUUUCAUUUAAUCUUUAAAUGUUGCAAUAAAAAAUGAGGUUUUAUUUAAAAAACGAGAGAUGUCCGAUAAUGGCCUUUUUUGCCGAUAUUCCGAUAUCAUCCAUUCCGAUUCCGAUGUAUACGGUCGUGUAAUUAACACAUUAUUAUGCCUAAUUUUGUUGUGAUGCCCCCCGCUGGAUGCAUUAAACCAGGGGUGUCCAAACUUUUUCCACUGAGGGCCCCACCCUGAAAAAUCAAAGCAAGCGGGGGCCAUUUUUAUAUUCUUUUAUUUUAAAAACCAAUACAAUAUAUGUAUGAAAAAUAUACAUUUAGGCCUCCACUCAGUCAUGAUUCCGGGGACCACAAAGGGUUUUGGUCAAAAUAAAAAUAAAAUAUGUGUCAUUAUUCAGUGUUAUUAUUUUCAUAAUUAUUCAAGUUUUACAUCUCUAAAUCAACAUUAGGAAAGAAAAAAUGGAAAAAACACAAAAUAUGCAAUAUUUUCACCCAAUAACUUUUUUAGGUGGAAUAUUUGAGAUUAUCUAAUAAUUGGAGCCUUAAUUUUGGAUUUUGCUUCAUUAUUAUUUUUUGAGCAAUGACACUUAAAAACAAAUCACACUAAAAUAAUUGGGGAUCCAAAAGGGUCCUACUCAUUAAUAUGUUAAAAAAUAAAUUUACUUUUAGCACAAUAAUCUCGAGAUCCACUUCAGAUAUGUCCGUCAAUUUUAAGUUUUAUUGUUGUUUAUGUUUUUUGUUUGUUUCAGGUCCUUCUUUUAAAAAAACAACUCAAUUUUUUUAUAUGGCAAAACACAAAAAUAUGCAACAUUUCCCCCCAAAAAUACCUCAAAGUGGAAUAUUUAAUGUGACGUAAUUGAAGCCUUGAAUAGGUCAAUAAUUUAAAAUGACAUUGAUUUUGAUUUAUUAUUAUUUUUUAAAGAAAGAAACAGCCUGCAUGGCAGCUUUGUGUUAUUAAAGCAUUGCAACAUUUUCUUGUUACAUUUCACCUGUUUGCUCUUUUAUAUCACUUUUUAUGUAUUUAAUUUUUUUCAAUUGUAUUUUUAAACUCUGCCAUGGGGCCGUUAAAAAAUGACCCGCGGGCCGCACUUUGGACACCUCUGUAUUAAACAUUGUAACAAGGUUUACCAAAAUAAGAGAACAACUUCAACUCCAGUUAAGGAAAAACAUUUAUUAUUGAAGUCACAAAGUUCAUUAUUUAUUUCAGUGCCCUAAACCAAAAUCACAGGGGGCAACCAUUCUCCCAAAUUUCUCCCGAUUCCCACCUGGACAACAAUAUUGGGGGCGUGCCUUAAAGGCACUGCCUCAAGCGUCCUCUAAAACCUUUCGUCACGUCCGCUUUUCCUACGUAGAAACAGCUUUUACACACACACACACGCUAAUGCAAUGCAAGCUUGGUCAACAGCCAUACAGGUCACACUGAGGGUGGCCGUAUAAACAACUUUAAGACUGUUACAAAUAUGCGCCACACUGUGAACCAACACUAAACGAGAAUGACCAGCAAAUUUCGGGAGAACAUCCGCACUGUAACACAACAUAAACACAACAGAACAAAUACACAGAAUCCCUUGCAGCACUAACUCUUUCUGGAUGCUACAAUAUAAAAAUGUAUUAUUAGGAAAAGUGUAUUAUUGGAAAAGUUUAUUUUGAUAUUUUCCUGAGAAGGCUGCAAAUAGAAAAGAGGCAUUCAAUUUCUAUUUAAAUUUGAUUUGAUAAGCCAUUGCUAUUUUUAAAUUAUUAGUAUUGUUUGAAAUUUGAUUUUGCAUGUCACUAUAAAGUUAUAUAACUCGCUUGUUCAAUAUUCAAUGCAAAACUUGUUUGGGUCCCUAUUAAAAGGUUCAUUUGUUCAACCUUAGCCCGCGGCUUUGUUCAGUUUAAAAUUUUGGCCCACUCUGUAUUUGAGUUUGACACCCCUGGUCCAGAGUAUACUACAGUAAUAAAGUAAACAAUAACAUAGUCCUCCUUUAGUGCAAGACUGCCUGGUAUACUGUAUAACAGGAAAUUAUAAACUGGGUUCAAACGUAUUUGUUUGAGUAACACAAAUAUUCUGCAAGUUAGUGGUGAGUGCUUGAAGUGGCCCACCAGUCUUUCAGAGCUUCUGAAAUGCUGCGUUGAGACAGGGCAUCUCCUUUCACACCAAACUCCACCGCAGCUUUCGCCAAUCUGCGUGCGUCGUCCCUUACCACAACUGGGGUGGUUUUUGUUGUAUUUUUUGUUUUUUACCGGCGGAGUCUUUAAGUCAGUGGUCCCCAACCUUUUUGUAUCCGCGGACCGGUCAAUGCUUAAUAAUUUGUCCCGCGGCCCGGGUGGGGGGGACUUUUUUUUUUUUUCUUUGUCAUGAAAAAAGGAUGUUUUUCUCAUGAAAAAGGGAGGUUUUUGUGGUUGGUGCACUAAUUGUAAGUGUAUAUUGUGUUUUUUUAUGUUGAUUUAACUUAAAUUUUUUAUUUAUUUAUUUAUUUUUUUAAAUAAAAAUGAAUAAAAAAUUAUUCUGCGGCCCGGUGGUUGGGGACUACUGCUUUAAGCGACAACAGCAUGGUUCUACUUUUUUUCAGAGUUUGCUUUUCAUCCAUCUUCCGCUUGUAUUCAUCCCGUAUCUCCUCCAUGAUUUUUGAAGAGGUGGGAGAUAAAAUUGCUCGUAUUAAAGAAAGAAGUCUUGUUUUUGUUUUCUUUCAAACUUUUUGCAGUUAUUGCAAAUUGCCAGUUUUUUUUUAAUCCGUCAGAGACGCUUUCAAAAUAAUCCCAAACCAUCAGUAGUCAGUCACCGAGAGAGCUGGCUCGUUAGCCACGGCUACGGCACCGGCAACAACACACUCUUGUUGUGACGCUGCGCUCGCGGCGGUUUGAUGAGGUCAUCAAGCGUCGCCGUGUUGUGUGUUUAUGUACCGCUCCGUACAGCGGCGUUUUAAAAAGUCAUUAAUUUUACUUUUUUGAAACCGAUACUGAUAAUUUCCGAUAUCGCAUUUUAAAGCACCGAAAAUAUCGGCAGGCUGAUAUUAUCGGACAUCUCUAUCAAAAACAAUUAUGUAUCAACACACGCAAAAGUAUCCAAAAUUGGUACCAGUAUGGCUUCCCAGGUACCGUAUCGGUUCUAACGUGAUCGGUGCCCAUCCCUAAACACAACUGCUGGCCAAGAGGAAAGGUGAUGAGAACCAUAGAACAGGACACAUUGUGGCAAACGGACAAUUACAAACAUGUUUACAGCAAAAACAUCUUCCAAGGGUGAGUAGUUUUAUUCAUUUAAAGAUGUUAAACUUACACUAAUGACACUUAAUUGGUGAUUUAAUCACAAUCCAAAGAUUUGUAUUGUCUGUUUUCAAAAUAAACCAAACAGGAAGUCAAGCAGCGUCGUCCGAGUUAGACUUUGGAGGCUCCUCUGUACUUGUCUCUGUACUUGCUUUGGCUUUUUUCAAAAAACCCGAACCAAAAUACUGACAGGAGUGUAUCGACUCCCUUCCAAUGAGAUUAGGAAUCUGCAUCCUUCAAAAUAAAAUGUCACUUGUA